AUGGGCAGAGCUGACGGAGCCUCCAAGCUGAGCGGAAAGGACCUGUAUGAACAAAGGAAAAAAUACUCCAACUCCAAUGUCAUCAUGCACGAGACUUCCCAGUACCACGUCCAGCACUUGGCCACCUUCAUCAUGGACAAGAGUGAGUCCAUCGUGACAGUGGAUGAUGCUAUCCGGAAACUAAUCCAGCUCAACUCCAAAGAGAAGAUCUGGACACAGGAGAUGCUGCUGCAAGUGAAUGACAAGUCCAUCCGGCUGCUGGACUGUGAAUCACAGGAGGAGCUGGAGGACUUCCCUCUGCAGACAGUGCAGCACUGCCAGACCGUGCUGAAUCAGAUGCGCUAUUCCUCCAUCCUCCUCCUGGUGUGCCAGGACUCAGAGCAGCACAAACCUGACAUCCACUUCUUCAACUGUGACGAGGUGGAGGCGGAGAUGGUCCAUGAGGACAUAGAAAGUGCCCUGGCAGACUACAAGCAUGGGAAGAAGAUACGGCCACAGACACUCAAAGCAAACCAAGAAAAGAUCAAGCAGAGACAAUCCAUCCUCCCCCCACCGCAAGGACCAGCUCCCAUCCCAAUCCAGCACGACACGCGAGGCUCAGCGAUGAACAGGAACCGGGUGGCACCUCCUUCCCAGUAUGAGCCAGACUAUGACCGACGAAGCUCUGGCUCCCAUGACCACGAAGAGUCCCGAGCCAUAUUAGCACAGAAGAUUGAAAAGGAAACGCAAAUCCUGAACUGCACUCUGGAUGACAUUGAGGUGUUUGUCGCUCGGCUUCAGAAGGCUGCAGAGGCAUUCCGGCAGCUCAACCAAAGGAAGAAAGGGAAGAAGAACAAGAAGAAAGGGCCAGCAGAGGGCAUGCUGACCCUGCGAGCAAGACCCCCAGGCGAGGCCGAGUUCAUCGACUGCUUCCAGAAGACCAAACUGGCUUUUAACCUCUUGGCCAAACUAAGGAAGCAUAUCCAGAAUCCCAGCGCUUCAGAGUUGGUGCAUUUCCUAUUUGGGCCUUUGGAAGUGAUCAUCACUAGCUGUGGUGGCCCCGAGCUUGCCAGGUCUGUUGUCAGCCCACUUCUGUCUAGAGACGCCACAGAUUUCCUCAGAGGACACCUGACACCCAAAGAGAUAAACCUCUGGGAAUCCCUGGGGGAGACAUGGACCAGAUCCAGAGCUGAGUGGCCCCGAGAUGCAAACAUCCCCACCUACAUCCCCAAAUUCCGCAACGGCUGGGAACCACCCAUAGAAAUCUUCCGUGGAGCUCCCUGGGAAAUCGACAUUGGACACUUGCAAGAGGAGCUCUCCUCAGCCAAUGGAUAUCCGUACCGGAACUCCUCACUGAAGACUGAGCAGACACAAGCUGUGGAUGCCUUCAAACAGAAUGUCACUCAGCAUGUAAAUAGGAAUUUUGAGGCCCAGGGAAUGGCUCUGCCCAAGAGAUAUGCCAAAACCCGCUAUGAUUUCACCGCACGAAAUGCCAACGAACUCUCAGUGCAGAAGGAUGAAAUCUUGGAGGUGUUGGAAGAUAACAAGCAGUGGUGGAAGCUGCUCAACCGGAGUGGGCAGGCUGGUUAUGUCCCUUACAGCAUCCUGGAUGUGGUCAAACUGGAAGAGCUCGAACAGUCUAACCAGUGGUACAAAGGAGACCUGAGCCCCAGGGGCUAUGGACCAUCCAGCCCAACUCACAAGAUGCCUGCCAGCUACGCCGGGGAUAAAUGGGGCAGUGAAAUGCUGUCACGCAACUCCACACAGGACGCCAAAGAACAACUUAUUCACCAUAUGGAUGAGCUGAAUGAUGAGCUGCUAAAGAAGAUCACAAACAAUAAAAUUCAGCCUCCUCACAGGAAUUUCAAAGUGGAAAAGCCUCAGCAAGUGUAUGUGCCCCUCACCUUCGAGUCCAGCCCCAACGAAGUCAGAGCUUGGCUGGAGGCAAAGGGAUUCAGCAAAGAGACAGUGCAACACCUUAGCAUCCUCACUGGAGCUCAGCUCUUCUCCCUUAACAGAGAGGAGCUGAAGAAGGUGUGUGGUGAUGAGGGAAACAGAGUAUACAGCAAGAUCACAGUGGAGAAAACCAUGCUCCAGAAAAGCAGUGGGGAGUCAGAGCUCCAAGAAAUCAUGAAGCGUCGCCAGGAAAGGAUUGAUUCUGCUAAUUAA